CAAAAUGCAACACCGUUUCUACCACUGAUUGCAAAUUAUUUUAAUUAUAGAGUUGUCAGGAUAUAAACUACCGCAAGACUAAUUAUUGCCAGUUUAUUUUUGAACUUCAUCGCAUAAUAAAGACAUGGAUCGCUGGGUUGGAAAAGUGGCUGUUGUAACAGGAGCUAGUUCCGGAAUAGGAGCAGGAAUUGCAAAAGCACUAGUAGAAAAAGGAGUAUUGGUAGUGGGAAUCGCUAGAAGAAUUGAAAAAAUUGAAGAUCUUUCAAGGAGCUUAACUGAUCAAUCGGGUAAAUUAUUUGCCUUAAGAUGCGAUGUUGCCAAAGAAGAUGAUAUUCUAAGGGCUUUUCGUUGGAUUGCUGAUAAUGUGGGACAUAUACAUAUUCUAGUUAAUAAUGCCGGCUUAACCAGACCCACAAAUUUAGUUGAGGGUUCAACCGAUGACUGGAGGCGAGUUUUUGAAGUAAACGUUAUGGCGCUAUGUAUUUGCACGCGCGAAGCUGUAAAGAUAAUGCGCCAAAAGAAAAUAGCAGGACACAUUAUUCACAUAAAUAGUAUAGCAGGACAUUACGUACCUAUUAUGCCUAAGCCAAAUUUCAAUGUUUAUCCAGCAUCAAAAUUUGCUGUUACAGCUCUGGCAGAAAGUUUAAGACAGGAGUUGUGCUAUAUUAAAAGCCCCAUUAAAAUAACGAGCAUUAGCCCAGGAUUAGUCCGUACUGAGUUUACCGAGGGAUUUCCACAAGAUGGAACUAAGGAGAAAUUAGAUGAUAUGCCAGACCUAAGGCCUGAUGAUAUUGCUGAAGGUGUUAUCUAUGCACUUAGCACAGGACCACAUGUCAAUGUUUCCGAGCUUACCAUCCGUCCGGUGGGAAAUGUGUUUUAAGUAUAUUUCACCAAUUCAAAAUAUUUAUUCUAAACUACACUGAUAUCUGCAUUUUCAAUUUAGCAAGAAGGACCAAGUUAUUUAUUAUAUAUUUAAAAAAUACUGUUAUACAUAAAUUUUGAAGUAAAUAAAUAAGUUCGAUAUUUAUUUUUCUCUA